AUGUCUCUAACAUCACUUCCAGCAUUUCCAUCUCUAAAAACCCAUCAUUCAAUUCAACCAAGUUUAACUACUACUAUACCUUCAAAGUUUGGUGCAAAUUUAGUUUAUAGUGGUAAUGCUGCAGCAACAGAAGCAGUUACUUUAGCCAAUACUGCUGUGGAUGUGGAAGCUACUAGAAAUGGAAAAGUUUGGCCUAUUGUAGAUAGUGAAAAUGGAGUGGUUAGAGAAAAAAGUAUAGGAAUUGAUGAUAUGAGGAGGAAGAGAAGGAGAAAAAGAAGAAAAAAUUUGGGAUGUGUGGUGGAAGAGAAGAAUUUUCAGAACAAUUUCUUAAGGCAUAAAAUGGUUGUUGGGUCUGUUACAUCAGAGUUUUUGAGUUCAACAGAAGAGGCUGAGCUUUGUUUAUGUCUCAAGGAAGGAGCAAGAAUUGAAGUUUCUAAUCAAAGAAUGACAGAACAUGAAGGGAAUUUGGCUUUUUCAAAGAGGUUUGCUCUUGAGAAUGCAAGAGAAUCAAAAGAAAGAUUAGCGCGCGAUUAUCGUGGUUUAAUUGCAUCGAUCGCGGGUUAUUAUCAAGGCAAAGGAAUGAGUAUUGAAGACCUUAUUCAGGAAGGAACCAUUGGACUUUUUCGUGGAGCAGAGAAAUUCGAUCCGAGUAGAGGAUGUAAACUGUCUACAUAUGUUUACUGGUGGAUUAAACAAGCUAUCAAUAAAGCUUUGGCUAAGAAGUCUAGAUUAAUCAGAUUACCGGGAGAAAAGUAUGGAAUGGUUGCAAAAAUUAUGGAGGCUAACAAUGUCUUAAGCAGAAGACUGAGACGGAAACCGACAUACGAUGAAAUAGCCGAGGCUCUCAACAUGAAUGUUUCAACUGUCAUACUUGUUUCUGAAUGUAGCAGACACCCAGUUUCAUUAGACAGAGCUAUAACUGAUCAGAGCAACUUAAAAUUUAAGGAGAUUAUACAAGGGCCAGAUGAAAUGAUUCCGGAGAAAAUGGUUGAGAGAAAGCUAGUGAAAGAAGGGGUGGUGAAGCUUCUUAGUACACUUAACAAGAGAGAAGAAGAGAUUGUAAGAUUAUACUAUGGACUAAAUGGACAGACUGCUCUAUCUUUUGAGGAGAUAGGAAAGUUGUUGAAGUUAUCAAGGGAGAGAAUCAGACAGAUUCAUUGGAUUGCAUUGUCAAAAUUGAAAGAAACUACUCUUGUAGAUAGUCUAAAGUUUUAUGUUUUAUAG